CACACCCUCAAAAGAAAAAAAUCUUCCCAUGGGUAAAUAAAAUAUUCUAGGGAUUCAGAAUCAUGGAAGUAAGGGGAUUGGAUGCACCGAUUGACGGGCAGCGACGGCGCCUAGUGGGAGCUUGGCGGGACAUGGGGUUCACAGCUGCAACCCACCGCCCUGCCCCUGCCCCACGUAUCUUUUCCCUACUGAAGAACACAUCUUCGAUCCUACUCAAUGCCACGCUGAUCCAAUCUGGCAGCCUAAUCCAAAAUCCCUACCAAACAAAACCCUGUUCCAAUUUUUUAAUCUCUCCCUCAAAAGAUUCUCACUUUUCCCCGCGAACCCUUUUGCUUCCCAUUUAUUAACUCUCCCCACUCUCUCGAAUCUCGAUCAUCACUCUAGUUCUUAUCUCCCGCUUCCCUUUCUCAAAUUCCCCUGCAGAAUUUCCUCGAACGAUUUGGAUAUUCAAACAGCAGGAUAAGCCAUUUCUGGAGGUUCUAAUUGAUACUGAUCAUCUGGUGGAUUGUAAAGAGAGAGAGAAUAUAGAAAAAUGUUGGAAGAGAAAGAGAAGAAGUUCCUCACGGUAGCACCAUUCCAGUGUGCUUGGAGGAAAGACUUGAAAUUCCGGGAAGCUGGAAGAGGCUGUGUAGCAUUCGACGCAUUUGCUCACAACGAUGUCACAGUCGUCUUCAGAGAGAAUGUCGGUACUCUCCACUACCAUUACAAGAGGGACAACAGCCCUCAUUACACUGUGAUCCUCGGCAGCAACCGGAACCGAAGAUUGAAGAUUGAAGCAGACGGGAAGACGGAGGUCGAUGUGGAAGGUAUUGGAUUAUGCUCCUCUACUUUCCAGAGUUACUGGAUCAGCAUUUACGAUGGGUUGAUCAGCAUCGGAAAAGGAAGGUACCCGUUCCAGAAUCUCAUGUUUCAGUGGCUGCAUUCGAAUCCGAAUUGUAACGUUCGUUAUGUCGGGCUCAGUAGCUGGGAUAGGCAUGUGGGUUAUAGGAAUGUGAAUGUGUUGCCAUUGCCUCAUGACCAUAUGUUGCUGUGGAAGCAAGUCGAUUCGGGAGAGUUUGAAGGGAAGGAAGACAGUGAAGAGGAGUUGGAAGGUGAGGAAGUUGAGGAUGAGGAAUGGGGGCUUCAGAAUUUCCUGGAAAGCUGGGAACUUUCUGAUGUCUUCUUCAUUGUUGGCAUGGAGGAAAGACCCGUUCCAGCUCACAAAGUCAUUCUGCAAGCUUCUGGUAAUUUCCCUUUCAGUUCAUCGGAUGAAGAUGUUAUCCAGCUUAAGAGUGUAGCAUAUCCAGUUAUGCGUUCACUUCUUCAGUACAUUUAUGCUGGUCGAACCCAGGUUUUGGAGUCGGAAGUUGAGAUGUUGAUGGCGUUGAGUCUGCAAUUUGAGGUGACGCCCUUGGCAAAGCAGUGUGAAGAAAUUUUGGAAAGGUGUAAACUAAAUAAGAAGUUGUUUGGACAUGGGAAGAGUGUGGAAUUGUUGUAUCCAUACUCUCGACCCCAUUCUUGUACGAUGUUCCCUGCCGGACUCCCUGUGAAUCAGAAACGGCUCAGUGAAUUACAUUCAGCUGGGGAGUACAGUGAUCUAAAUAUUUACAUUGAGGGAUAUGGACUUGUUGCACAACCUCAUAAGAUUGUUGUCAGCAUAUGGAGUGUUCCAUUUGCCAAGAUGUUCACAAACGGAAUGAGUGAGAGCUGCUCAUCUGAAGUUCAUCUAAGAGAUGUGCCACUGCAGGCAUUCAAGAUAAUGCUCGAAUUCAUGUAUAGUGGGGAUCUCAAUUUGGAGGACACUACAGAUUCUGGAACUUUGUUACUCCAACUUCUUUUGUUGGCUGACCAAUUCGGAGUCACUAUUCUCUAUCAGGAAUGCUGCAAAACGCUUUUAGAAUGUCUAUCGGAGGUAGCUAAUCUUCACCUCAGCAGAUAAUGCAAUGUAGCAAAUGCUAUUAGUCUUCUUUUUCACUUUGUUAUCAUGAUAUGUUCUUGUCUGGCUAGAGUUAUAAGAACGGAGAGGGAGUUGCGAUCCGGGACAAAAGAAGAGAUCGCUUUUGGAUCUUGAAUUAUUAGAUAUUAACACUUUUUCAUGUACAUAUUAUAUGCAGGGAUGGAGUUCUCCUAGUGGAAGGUGGUCAAUACAACAAGUUUUUGUAUUAUGCACAAGUUUAAUGGACGACGAAGCAGACAAAUUUGGGAAGUUAAUAGGGUUAUUGCUUUGAAAGCUAACUGUUACAACUUUGUUGCAGGACGUUGUGUGUCCAAUCCUGCAAGUCGUUUCAUCGAUUUCAUCCUGUAAACUCAUUGAAGAAACGUGUGAGAGAAAGUUCGCAAUGCAAUUUGAUUAUUGUACAACCGCAAGCCUUGACUUCGUUUUGUUAGAUGAGGCAACUUUUGGUAACAUCAUUCAGCAUCAAGAUCUAACAGUAACAUCCGAGGAGAGAGUUCUCAAUGCCAUUCUGAUAUGGUGCUUGCAAGCCAAGGAACUAUGUGGGUGGGAAGCAGUGGAUGAACUGGUUGCAUUCAAAACCCUUGACCUACUUUUCGGUGAGCGGCUUCAGGCUCUGAAUGAUCUGCUGCCAUUUGUCAGGUUUCCACUGCUUCCGUACAACUUACUUAAAAGGUUGGAGCAGAGCAACCUUUGCAAGCAGAUAUAUAUUUUUUAUGAUCUUGUGAGGGAGGCAAUCGCAUAUCUGGAUUUUGGACUUACUAACAACAACCGACUAAAAGACCAGAGCCUAAGGUUUCAACAUAGGCGAUCCAGUUACAAGGAGCUGCAGUACAUUUGUGAUGGGGACAGCAAUGGAGUUCUGCACUUUGCUGGCACUUCUUAUGGGCAGCAUCGGUGGGUUAAUCCUGUUCUAUCAAAGAGAAUCGACAUAACAGCAAGCUGCCCAGCUUCAAGAUAUACAGACCCUAAGGCUUUGGCAUCAAGGACCUAUCAGGGAAUGUGCUUUACUGGACCCAGAAUAGAAGAUGGACGAGUACGCUCAUGGUGGAUGGUUGACAUUGGCCAAGAUCAUCAGCUUAUGUGCAACCACUACACGUUGAGGCUAGACGGCUCAAGAGCUUAUAUAAGGUCUUGGAAAUUCCAGGGCUCGUUGGAUGCCAAGACAUGGACGGAUUUAAGAACACACAACGACGACCAAUCAAUGAGCAAACCAGGCCAGUUUGCGUCGUGGCAGAUCACGGGGCCGAAUGCACUGCUGCCGUUCAGAUACUUUAGAGUGAUGUUAACUGGUCCGACGACCGAUGUAUCGAAUCCCUGGAACCUGUGCAUUUGCUUCUUGGAACUCUACGGUUUCUUUCGUUAAUGCUGCUGUUCAGUUUCUUCAUUUGCGAUGACGUUUUGUGUUUGUUUAGAAAGAAGUCAUUGUGUACCAUCGAAAGAAAAAAAUGUACCAAUGAUGCAUAUGUGGGGGUGGCUCUGGUUCUUUCUUCCCCUUCGUUCAAAUAAAAAAGAGAAGGUCAAUUUCCAAGUGCAAUCUCGUUAUUUUGUGUCUCCAAGUUCAAGGGCCUUUUGGGCUACUUAUAUUGGGCUCUACUGGCCAGUGAUACAAUUGGUUUAUUAGUAUGUAAAAAUGUGAAAAAUUAUUAACAUUAAAUUAAUUUAAUAAUAAAUAAAAUAU